UACAGCCUAUAUACCACCACAGUAAGUUACAAGAAAAUUCCGUUCAGAAUCAGGAAACACCAUCUAAGCAAACUGAAAUAAUGAAAUCACCUUCUUUUGAUACACGCCAAGGUUUCGAACCGUCAAAGUCAGUUGGAAUAUCAAAGCUAUUCCAAACUGCAAAACCUACCGUGACAUUCCAGUACCCUUAUGAUUUGGAGCACUUCGAAACUGUCGAUGCUGCAGACUCUACUAAAUUUGAACAAACAUUCAAGUUGACACCAACAUUUGAGAAACCAGAAAAACAUGGCUAUGAAGAUGAAAUCUACAAGGCAGCUUCAAUAACUUAUGAUAAAUUCUACAGUCCAAUUCUUGAAAAGGUGGAUAAAAUUUUAAACGAGCUCGAGUUCUUCGAAGAACCCUGCCGAGAGAGGUUGAUUUGCAGCAUGUAUAAGUAUCCAGACAAAUUUAGUCCCCACAGCAAUUUGAUAUCAGCAGAACUCAGUAGGGAUUCUGAGGAACUUCAAAAACCCACUUCAACCAAUGCCGCUGUGAUAAGGUUUUACAGAUAUGUUCAAGCUGCCAGAGAUGGUCAAGACAAGAGGGACUGUAAAAGACUGUAUCCAUCAUGCGUUAUCAAUACGGAAUCAUAGAAUUUCCAAAGAACGAUAUUUUUGUAGAAUAUCAAAAUGGCCAUAUAUUAACUCACUCAUUUUAGAACAUAUGUAGUCUAUCAAAAUACCUAAACUAUUGGUCACUCAGCUAUAAAAAGUGAAUCUUUCGCACAUUUCUAAUUUAUUUUCAUCACUUGAAAUGACUUCUUGAGAAAAUAGUUCAAUCCCUCAAUAACAUGUAGUUUAUAAAAAUCCUUGAACAAAUGAAAAUGACUGCGGUUGACUUUUCACAGUCUUUUUCUAUUUACAGAUAAGAUUAUGUAUAAUUUUGAAAGUUUUGACUUCUGUCACAGAAAAGGUACACAUAAUUCAGUACACAUCAUGUUUCCUGUGAAAAUUUAGUUUACUGCAAAUAUAUUGCACUUGUAUGAACAUUUCCAGUAAUAGUAAUCACAUACAAUUCUAAUAUGAAACAUUGAAUGAAGUGGAAAAAACAUGCAAUUUUUUUUGCCUUGCUUCUUGUGAGGAGAGUACUCAGUAUUGUUCUAAAAGUGCCAUGUUUCAAAAUUGGCUAUUUUUUCAGAUGGUGCUGAAUUUAUCGUAAACUCAGAAAAUAAGAUUUUCAUUUUCUACCAAUCUUUCUAUCCACCAUAUUCU